UCCUUCUUUUAUAAAAAUCAGUUGCUUUCAUGGUGCUCACCAUCUUCAUUGCACAAACCAAGAAAGUUCUUGGCCUUUGAAGUUCUCUUGCAUCGGUUAGCAAGCCGCUAGCAGGGAAGAAAGGUCGACACUCGCCGCUGCUUCCUUUGUAGUCUACUGCGAGCUUUCUCCGUUCGAUAUUGGCAACUGGGACUGCAGAGUUUGUUGGUGUGCCUGGAAAGUAGAGGAAAGUUGGCUGAGGUUGGAAAGGGACAGUAAACAGCUGAGAUUUGAGGAGAUUGGAAGGUUUGUUGACCUGCAAGCAGUGGAAGAGCCCGGAAAAGACGCCGGAAGAUGGAGAAAUCCGCGAGGUACCACUGUGACCUUGAGGCGACGGAGUUGAGAUUGGGGUUGCCGGGGAGCGAUGUAAUGGAGAAGGCAGCAGCGACAACUGCAUCGUCCAAGAUCAACAAGAGAGCGUUUUCCGAUGUUGUCUCUGGUGUAACCAACGACGGUCUGCAAGACGAAAAGGAGUCCCUGGGCAAGGAGAGCGCCCCGGCUGCCAAGGCACAAGUGGUAGGAUGGCCACCAAUCAGGUCAUACAGGAAGAACAACCUAAACGUUUCAAGUAUCUCAAAGAAGAAUGAAGCCGAGACACCAGGGAUGCUUGUAAAAGUAAGCAUGGAUGGGGCUCCCUACCUGAGGAAGAUAGAUCUCAAGACAUACAGUGACUACCAAGAUCUACUCAAGGCCUUGGAGAAGAUGUUUAGCUGCUUCACCAUGGGUGAAUUUGCAAACAGAGAUGGGUCUGAAUAUGUGCCAACCUAUGAAGAUAAAGAUGGAGACUGGAUGUUGGUUGGAGAUGUCCCUUGGGAGAUGUUCAUCUCUUCUUGCAAGAAGUUGAGGAUCAUGAAAGGAUCAGAAGCCAGGGGUCUGAGUUCAGGUGCUUCCCACACCUGAACUAGAUGAAUCACAUCAAACUGGUACUGGAGUUCUCUGUGGGAUUUGCAGUUUGACUCGAACAUGGUGUUCCCCCAUGCAUCAUGAAUGGCCAUGGAGGGGGCCUUAGUUCAUGCCCGCCCUGUUGUAUUUACCUUUUUUGAAGUGUUUGACAUUUCAUUAUGAACAGGGGCAUUUGAGGCCUUUGAUCAUGAUGUAAUGUUUUCCCUUCUUCUUCCCUUCUUUUUGCUUGAAUAAUGUGAUGAAGAGAAACACCGUGUAGAGAGAUGUAUAUCGUUACGUAAUACAACUGUAUAGGAAGAACCUAAACCCGUUCUUAUUUGUGGUGCCGCUGUUGUAUCUCCAAACGUGGUAUGGUCUGUGACCCUGAACUGGAUCUUGAAAGUUCGUGUUUGCCUUUGAAAUAUUUAGUUGUCAUGAUCUAUGGAUGCAUGCAUGGCUAUAAAGUUCGUGUUUUAUGAUCA